ACAAGUUGACUGUUCGUUGACAGUUGACACAUCAUACGGUAAUUUCAGUAUUGAAAAUAUUAAAUUUAUAAUGAAGUUAAACAUUAACUGCAAUCAAACAACAUUUUAAUAGAUUUCUGUUCUAAAUAAGUAUAAAAAUGGAAACUCUAUAUCACCAAACUAAUCAAUUAAUACAAGAAACCUCAGAGCUCUUUCAUAAACUAGAGAGAGACCCAACAAAUUACCAAGAAAUUGAAAAUGCCAUUCAAGCAACAAUUAACGUUGUUAAUGCAAACUGUGAGAAGUUGGAUAUUUUUGUAUUCAAAACCCCAAUCAACCAAAGGCCAAUGGCUAAAAUGAGGGUGGAUCAGCUUAAAUAUGAUAACAAACACAUUCAGGCAUCACUCAUACACGCUCAGAAUAAAAGGCGGAAACGUGAGCAAGAACAAGCAGACAGGGAGCAACUGCUGAGCAGACGAUUUGGUCACGAUCACACGGCGAUCAACGUGGACUACUUGUCUCAAGAACAACUCUCUUUACAGAACUCACACCGAAAUGUAGAUGAAAUGUUACACACAGGUACAGGUAUAUUAGAAACGUUGCGGUACAACAGAGAAACAUUGAAAGGCGCCCACAGGAGAAUAAUAGAUUUGGCCAACACUUUGGGGCUCUCGAACGCUACCAUUUCGCUAAUAGAGCGCAGAGUGGCGCAAGACAAGUACAUACUGUUCGGCGGGAUGUUGGUUACCUUAGCGAUAAUAGUUCUCGUUAUUGUAUACCUGACGUAAAUUUAUCGAAAAUAAUUCACGAGAAAUUGUGUCUGCUAUACUCCAUCAAUAAUGUGUAUAUAGAGUAUGUUCGCUUUCAAUAAUGGAUGUUAUUUUCGAUAAUAAAAGUAUACGGAUAUUUUAUUUGUUGAAAGCAAAUGACUACUUUGUACGAUAUUGUUACUAUUUCCUAAGUGUUCCAGUUAGGCAUUUUGGUUUAUAAAUAAACAUAUAUAUUUUUGGAUUUAAAUUUUAGUUUUGGUAGAUUACAGACGCUUUGUGAGGUAAAUGCGUAAGUUGACAAAGUUUUUAUUAAGAGUUUAUUUUAUUCUAUUUAUUUAUCUAUGUAUUUUAUUUAUGUAUCGUAAAACUUUGACAGGAUUAACAUUUUGUUAGCCUGUUUCCACAUUCCUUUCCGAUGGUUAUAAAUUAUUUUUUAAUAUUAUGUUCUAAUUUCAAAAGCCCUUAUGCUACAAGUACGAGGCGUGACAAUGAAUGCCUAUUUUUGUAAUGACUUAAUUUGUAAUUUUAUAUUGUUAUGAUUUUUUUAUGAGAUUCAUCAAAAUUUUUAAAAUAAUAUAUUUUUGUUGUAAACCUUCG